ACCGGAGCUUUUUCCUCCCUCGCUUCCCCCUCUCUCUCUCUCUCCCUCCCGCUCCUCACGUCCCGAAGGGCUGAGAGCUCGCUUCACGCUCCCCCUCUCUCCCUGCCUCUGCCUCCGCCUCCCGGCUCUGAGCUCCUCUCCUCUCCUCUCCUCUCCUCUCUGCGCUGGAGGGUCUUCCGCAGGAUCGCAGCUGAGCAGCAAGGAGUCCUCUCUCGCUUUUUUUUUUUCGUCCUUCGGUCCACGUCCCGCCUCUCUCUGCGUCUCUCCCUCUCACUCCUCCUUCUCCUAUACACCUCCUCCCUCCCGCCCCUCCCUUACCCCACUCCGAAAACCGACUCACACCCAGAGGCACGCGGGGGCCAACAGGCUGACAGAGGGACAGCAAAGAGGAGCCCAGGACAGACAGACAUACAGCUGGACAGACAGACAGACAGACAGACGGACAUGGAGUCCCGGAGGAAUGGCGGGGCGGUCUUGCGCGGUCCUGCCCGGUCCAGCGACGUGGUCCACGCCGGAGUCACCGUCGUGCUGCUGUUCGCUGUGUGGUACGCUCAGGCGUUGGAGGUGUCGGUAGGGAAAGUCAACCACCUGGAGGCCAUGAACGGCAGCACCGUGCUCCUGCCGUGUACCUACAGCAGCUGCAUCGGCAUCAAGAACCUCUACUUCAGCUGGCAUUACAAUGACAACGGCACCAUGAUUAAGCUGUGCGAGGCAGUAAUUCAUAUUGAAGGGGUGGAGCCAAAUGUCAAGAUUUAUCACCCCAGGGUGGACUUUGUGGGCUCAACCAAGACCCACAACAUCUCCAUCCGGCUGUGGAACAUCUCCUUUGAGGACGAUGGCGAAUACAUUUGCUUCGCCCGUAACCCCAAAGAGAAGUAUCGCAACCACAGCGCCACCUACAGACUCUAUGUGGUAGACGAAUUGAAGGUGGUUGAUAACACCUUGACGGUCAUCAUCGCAUCUGUAGUGGGAGGGGUUAUCGGACUGAUCGUCUUAGUCAUGGUUCUGAAGGCCCUCAUCCUCUUUGGACUUCGCAAAGUCAAUGAGAAGAAUAAAGAGUGCCUUGUGAGUUCUACAGGGAAUGACAACACUGAAAAUGGCCUCACAGGAUCCAAAGCUGACAAUAAAGCAACACCAAAGGCAUGAGAACAUGCAUGUGCAUACGUAUGCACAUAUAUACACAUAUAUGUAUAUAUGUACAUAUAUACUAGGUAUGUACAAUAUAUAUUCAGACAUAUACAUAUAUACACACGUACGUAAGACCCUCUAUGGUACAAGCUGUGAAUUAUCCAUGAGUGGAUAUGGCACCUAUAUUUAGAAUUGGAAUUAAUGUUAAAAAAAGUAUUGAAUUUUUUGCAUUACAUUACUUAUUUGCUUAGCUGGAAUCCUGGCAGUCACGUUCAAAGAUUAUAUUUUUGUUUUCUGACACAUUAUCCACUUAGACAGUUCGUUGUUAGAUAUUUAAUUAAGCAAUUGAGUACCUCGCACAACCAUGUGCUGUGCACCAACUGAGGUUUGAGCCCUAACCUCUGAACCAAUCAGAACAUUGCACUGCUCUGCCCCCCUCUUGAGUUUGAGUCAAUCAUACGUACAGCGCUAGCUUCUGCCCGGCAAAGUCCAGUAUGAAAGCAUUCUGUCGUUUGGAAUCUUAACAAAGAGGCUUGUGCACCUGCUGCCAUAUUUUUGACCUUCGUCUGAACACAAAAUAACUUCAAUGUCAAGCUUCAUUGGUUGUGUGAGAGUGACUUUUCUUCAGUGUUUUCAGCUCAGUUUUUUUUCCAGCGACAUGGAAAAAAUGUUCAUUCUUUCAUGAGUCUUAAAAAAGCACAACCUAUUCUUUCAGCAGGGUCUGUGUUAAUUAUGAAUGUUAGCUUGGAUGUCAAACAAAUUGAGCACAUGUCAAAUGAGUGGCACUACAUUGGAUAUUGAAGAAAUCUGGACAAGACAAAUUUUGGUCAUUUGUGCAUGACAGUAUACCACAGGGGGUAUAUAUAUAUAUAUAUAUAUAUAUAUAUAUAUAUAUAUAUAUAUAUAUAUGCUUAGGUAUGUGUGUAUAUAUGUAUGUGUGUAUGUUAAAUAGGUGUAUAGAAAGAAUGAUACAACUAUGGACUGUUUUUUUAAAAAGAAUGGUAUAGAAAUAUAAUGGAAAGGUACUACAUAUAGAUAUGAAAAAUAUAUUACAUAUAUUUUACAGUAUGCUUGACAUCGGGGAACAUUAAUUGUGCCCUAUAUUCUUUGAACUGGAUUAGAUACACCCCCAUGACAACGCCAGCUGUAAACUGGACCCAAACCCGGAGUGAUGUGAACCUGACCAAACUAGAUUCAAAUUCCAUUUGCCGCUUCGUUGGGGCCUCGGCGAAACCCACCCUGGCUCUCUGCCACGAGGGGCCGAAACAUCGCUUCUCAAACUCCGAACACAAGUGGACUGGGUCUUGGCGACCGGCUGCCAUUCGCGUUGCCGGGGGAAACUGGCGACCCCUGGCUAUACUUGUACGCAGCUCAGGUUUAAUACUGGAACGCGCCGUGGUCACACUGCCAAGGUCUCCAAACGGCCGUAUACUAUAACACAGCGCAAGACGGAAAUCAAACACCCUGCUGAUCUUCCAGAUUUAGAGCAGGAUUUGGGGCGUCGCCUGUGAGGGUUGUGGGAACCGUAACCCCCGGGGAGCAAGAGGAACAGGGCGCCGUCCCGCCAGAGAGCCCAAGAUCACUGACAGGACCUUGCAGACUUAGGGCGUUCCAAGGAUUGCUAUGCACCCCCCAGUGCAGCUACUGCAAUACACACGGACAGGGAACUGCACUCAUAGUGUAGAAAAAAGUAUCGGAAAGCAGUACAAAAACGGGAGAUGAUUAUAUAAAUAUACUAAUAUACAGAUUGUGCCUGUGAGAUAUCUGUAGUUCAGUUUACCUGAUUUAAACACAUAAAAACACAGACGGUUUUUAUUCCACUCCACUGAAACACUGCACUGCGUACCGAUUUUAUGAAAAGCUGAGCUGCGUACAACUAUAGAAACAUCCGGAAGGUGGGGGCUGGGUGAGCAGAGGGACUGACAGUUGAUCUCAGUCCCCUGUACGAACCAAAAGAGCUCAGAUUAAAGGGAAGGGUUAUGGAAAUGGCCCAGAAAAGAGUCAUGGGGGUGUGGUUUGGAGUUGAAACCUCACUCACUGGUUUGCUUUAGAUGAAACACAGGUGCCUGUAAACGCUUAUAGCUCCCCCUGCCUUUGGGGAGGACUUUAACUGCUAUGGAAAAGUAAAACCUUUAGAAAACGCAUUUAAAAAAAAAAAAAAAAAUUAAAAUACAUAAAAAAUAUAUUGACAAUCCCCAGAAACCCCAAUCCCCAUAGAAACGAAUGAACUUUUAUGAUGCUGCUUCUAACAAUUAACCGAUGCAUUUUUUUAGCAUGUGAGAAAUUUUGUAUACUGUAUACAAGGCUUACCGCAAGACAGCUCUUCUUCUCUUGUUUUCCAGUGCCCCCUCUCCCCCAGCCCCCGCCCCUGCCCCCGCCCCCCCACUUCAACCACGUGCGGUCAAACUUGUGCUUUGAGGCGCUUCAGCCUCAGCACACGCUGCAUUCCCUCCUCAGAGUAGAGUCCAGUGCACCCGCUCAGUUGGCACGGGUUCACUGGACGGCAUUGCCCAAGCCCAGCCCACUGCCCACAGCCCAGCUCUGCUGUACCACCCAUGCCCCCUAACACACCACAGUGACUAAAACAUGGCGUGGCGGUGGCACGUUACUUCCACGGUGUCCUUGGCACACGCGGUUUUUGAUUGGUAUGCCACAUUUCUCUGGUACACCCAUUUUUGGAACUCAGGUGCCAGUACUGGUCCAGCCACUGGUUAACGUCUGAGAAAACACGCUGCUUUUAAGGCAGUGCUCAAACAGCAAAGAAAACACGCGUGUAAAAAGUGCAUGUUCAUUAAAAUGCGAGGACAGGCCACUCGUAAUUUUGCCUUCUGUCAAGAGAGAGCAUCUAGCACAGAUAAGGGAGAGAAUUUGUUUGUAAGAGAACAAACAAGUAACACAUAAGAUCGCGCUUUGAAAGAUCCUGACCUACUGGAUAUGCAUCCAAUCCAGGAAACAUGAUACAGAAUGGAUCUGAUAUUGGAUCCCUUGUAAAUGAAAGGGAUAAACGGCCUAAUUGAAAAAAAAAAAGCGUAAAUGUUGAAAGAAGAGAGGCACUGGCGCUCACAGAGUCCUUCCAUCUGUUUCUUGUCGUAGGCUGCUGCACACCAUUAGCUCCAAGGUCUCUAAAAACCGUGUACCGCUCAGCUCUGAAAGUGAUUACCGAGCCUUUAAAGGGCACAUCGUGCUCUAGCGCUGGCACAGGAGUCUAUUAACUUGAAUAUAAUGAACCAUUUUAAGAUGCGUUUUUUGACAUCCGCAAACGAAGGGUGCAAAUCGUGGCCCGCACACGUGCCCUUGUCGGUAGACUUUAAAGGCAAAAACCGUACAAACUUCAGUGGCCAUAUCGUGACAAAGAAAUGAAUCAAAACUGAUAUUACCCUAAUUACCCCUCCCAGACAUAUCCCAAGGGCCACCAGGGGGUACGGUGACUCCACCUGGGUUUCGCUCCACCUGGGUUUCAGAGUGCUUGUCCUCAAGGCGCUCGCAGUGAAGCGAUCAGUCAUCGUAGAGGGGGCGGGGCGGGGAGGUGGAAGGGGCGCAGGUAUCCGUUUGAGCAAACGCCACCUCGUUAAAGAACAUAUGGCCCUCUCCCGGGAGGCCGUUGUCAAGGUGACACGCCUAAGAGAAGAGUGCUAGAGCGCCACACGGCCGCUCGGAAAAUGCGCUCCCGUCCCGAUCGCCCGUCGCUUCGCGAGCCGCUCGGACUGGCACAACUGCCAAAAAACCGCCACUGACCAGACGCUGCCGUUUUGCCACCGCCCUCCUUCUGAAAAGGCAGUUCUGCAAAAUACUUAAAUGGGGUGGGGGGGGGGGGCUUGUGUGUAGAGGCCUGCAGAGAAAAGGCGUGACUAAGAGGGGUUCACUAAACAGUCCCAAAACGGUAUUCCACCCCCAGGAAACAUCUGCAGAGUAGAGUAGUGCUGCCAACAGUAACAAACUGUUCGGAGCAAACUUCCUGUUCAACAGGCGAAACUUCUGAAAUGUGACAGACUGGUCCGCCUAAAGAAUAAGCUCUUGUUAAGCAGGAGGACAGUGGUGGGCAGUGAAGUUGGGCUUCUUCCUACAGUGGACAGUGUCAUCUGGAAAUAAACCCAAUCAAUUUCAGAGGCAAUCCUGAGAAAAAGUGCCAUUACAAUUUCCUGUAUGACGCCAGAGUGAAGUCUCUUAAAUAUUUAAACAGUUUUUAAAUUUUUCUAUUUCUACUCAUUUUAAUAUAUUCUUAAUUCCGUUAUUAUUUUUCAUUUUUUAAAUUCCUAUUUGUUUUAGAUCCAAAGCAAAUGACUCAUGGUCCCGCAUUAUUUUCUAAUAGCAUUUCACCGUUAAAAUAAAAGAAAACCCUCUUCACAUUGCCUGUAUGAGGAGUAUAUUUGUGAGCAGGUAUACUUGCAAUCGUGAAAGACAUAAUCUGUGAAUGUCAUGCUAAUGGAGUUUUCAGCUGAAAACUCUAACUAAUAGUACCUCCCCUCAUUUCUCCAUCCCCCUCACUUCCCAAAGAAAAAAUAAUGCAGGAGGUUGGUGGUGGUGUGGGGAAGGGAUGGUCUUUGUGCACUUUACUAAUCUAGAGUCUUUUAUUUUUGUGUGCAGAAUGUGGCUGUUGUUGUGAGACAAAAUGAGAGAGUGGAAUAAGGAUGCGGGGAAGGUGGUGUAUGUCGUCGGAGGGGAAAUUUUGGGAUAAUAUUGGGGCAGUGGAGUUGAAUCUGACCGCGGAAGAGGCGACGUCCACCCCUCCCCCUUCCCCCCCCCUCUCGUUUCUCUGUAAUAACCGAGCACACGUCAAGAGGUCUUCCGAAACACUUGACUUUCCUUCUGGAAUCAGGGGCUCUGGCGGAACCCGCCAGAGAUGUUUUCGGGCAGAGCGGCGCCAGACCCGCGUCCCGCGGCCGCCGCCGCCGCGGUGGAGGCUGCUGCUCGGGCCUAGCCGCGCUGGGCGAAAAGGAAGUGACGCGGCGAAUCCGACGGCUUCCGAACACUUCCGGAGUGAACGCGCGCGCAGUGACGCCGUGACGUUCUGAGAUGUUUUUCCGCCCGUUAAUGCGCACUGGCGUGUGGCCUGUGCAGCAGCCUCCAGACAACUUUGAAUUGUCUGAGUCUUUCACAUCGUUAAUCGCAUCGUGUCUUCAGCACCGUGACAUUAUUUUAAAUUUUUCAACAUGGAUAAUGUUAGCAAUAAAAUAACCUCACGAGGGUGAAGCUAUCUUUCCGUAUAAGUCGUCACUGGGAACUGUUCCCUCACGUUAAAAAAACCCGGGUCCUGCCCCACUCUGCCUGCCGAAUGCACUGAUGUAUUAUCUGUUCGUAUCGAUGUGGUCCCUGAUGAAUGUCCCGACCAUUGUAUUGCCAUAAGACAUUAUGUCAAUGCUGUGAAAGCGCGGAGAUUGUGCUGUUCAGGUCCUGUCUAUCUGAUCUGGGAUCCCUGCCCCGACGCACACACAUUCACAGACACACCCGUACCAGGGGGGAUAUUGGUUCACAUGCUAAAUGACGCAGUUCUUAGUGGUCCCUUAAAAACACUCAAGUCCCCAGCAUAGAGUCAGCUGUAGGCUAUUAAGUACACAGAGUUUAGGACUUUUUGAACUAAGUGUCCUUGGAUAAGGUGUCUGCCCUACGUAACUGCCCACAGUGGACUGUCCGAUCUAUCUCUAACAACCAGUGCUUAACCAGCUAGUAUAUAAACAAACUGAUGCCUGUGUAUAUUCUGGGCAAAGCUAACUGAAAAUGUCUGCUACUCAGGCACUGUUCAGAGCGACUGCAUAUGUAUACAUAUUACAUUCAUCCUUUGUCUCUCGGUGGGUUCCAUCAAAUCGUUAAUAUUCAUGAUUACCUUCCUUGCCGUAUCGCGCUUGCAAAUCUGAGAAUGUCGUAGAUAAAUAGUUUAGGCGUCCCCUUUCCCGGUAACUCACGGAAUACUGCUCACGUCGUCCGUUCAAGAUUAAUAUUUGUAUUUAGGCAGUAUUAGGCGCGUUUUAUAUAACCUUUUCUGUUCUGGACGAUGUGUAGGCUAACCGUUACUCGUCGGUCUCAUAUCCGCAGACCCUGGGCUGGAUUGUCCUCGUCCGGACUGAGCGCCACCCGGCUGCGUUUGCCGGUACUGCGGCGCGUCCGAACGGCCCGGUUGAGAUCCGCGUCACACUUUGUCCUGCAGUCCCCAAGCUUAACACUGCACCGUAGCGUAAAACUGCAUUAAACAAUAACUGUUUUAUAGUAACCCAGCAGCCGUAUAUGGCUUUUAAAAUAGCCAAUUCAGGCGACCGUUUACCGUUCAAUUCUACUUGCAGGUGCAGAUAUAAAUAAAUAAAGCCGUAAAUAAUACUGUGCCGACUGGGAAUAUCUGAAGCCGGGCGUGUUGUCUAUCUGUUGGUAACAUACACAGUACAAAUGAUGAUGAUGAUGAUGAUUAUCAUUGUUAUUUUUUGUUUAAUUAAUUCUUUCCGAUCAAAUUGGAUUAAUAAUUAAUAACCAGUCAGGGAAAACAUUCUGUAGUCCAGAUCCACUGAACUGUAUUGUGCAGACCGCACUAUUUCAGUGAUGUUGUAGAUGGCACUGCAUUGGACCGCAGUUUGAGCUGUUCCGGUCUUAAUAGCCUAGACGAGCAGGUAAGCGUUCUGCAUGGGCGCCACCUGCUGGCGAACUCCACUCAGCGCCCCUGCCUGCUUUUCAAGGCCACCCGGAACGGCUCGAGCCGCGGUGCGCUGGCGGCGCCAUCCCGCGUCCCCCGCCCUGACCGCGAGCCGGUCGCAUCGAGAGCCUCGCCUGACAUCGGCUUCAGAAACCCCCCGCGGCUCACUGCCUGAGCGGCUCCAACUCUCACUGCCACGCCAAGAGUCUGCAGUCCGCUCUCUGCUCUACACAUUCCAGCGCAGAGACGGUGCCAAUAACCGGUUGUUGAACCGCCCCCAUCUAUUGCCGUUUUAAAACGAACAGACUAAAAAAAAAAAAGAAAAAAAAGAAAAGGGUUUAAUUUUCUAAAAGUAUCGUUAAAAAAAAAGCCCAGUUGGUAAAACAGAAGCCCGUUUUUACUUGACUCUCCCGCAGAGUUUUUAAAGCAUUUUUACAAACGCAAAACAUGUCUAGAUUCGUGGCAUGACCAGGUUAGCCUACAGAAGAGACCCGGACAGCCUGAGGCUCCGUUGUGAAGCUCACACACGCAGUUACUGAACGCCGCCGCGCUCGCUGAGAGCCCUAGCCCUUCAGUUAGAUCCACAGACACGCAUCAUCACAGUCACGGGCCCAGCGAGGCCGCGAGCGAAGCGUGGGACCCCACUCGCUUUGCCUGACAUGUUUACCCAUCACUGCCCUCUUCUGCAAACCUGCGCACGGUUGCAUCGUCCUCCUCAUCCUCGGACGCUCAACCCCCGCCCUGCUACGCCCACGUUGCCUUGAAACAAACCAAUUGGCCCUAGGCUAAUCGAUGGGCAGAUGUGGCGGGGGGGGGGGGGGGGGGGGGGGGAGUGGAGGGGGAUAACCCACCCUUAGCCAUGAACACCCUCAUAUGCUCUAACACAGCUGCUGACUGAACUCUAUGCCGACACCCACCUUGGAGUGGUCUUCCAACCCUGUCUGCGCUUAUUUUAAUAAUAAUAAUUAUAAUAAUAAUAACAAUAAUACUACAAGUGAAUGUGCUCUUCCUCUUUGACCCCUCUCUCUCCUCUGUACAAUGUCCCUCAUUUUCCUUCUCAUAACUAUGCACCUCUAUAGUUUUUGGAUUGUAAAAUAAAAAUGUAUGACAAAUAAAACUUUGGAUAAAAAUC